AUGGCUGACACCACGCCACCAAUCCAUGCCCAAGCGACGCGCCUGGUACUCGACAUUGCAAACGGCCGCCAUGCGCUCUCCAAGGCCAUCCCACCACUGCUCCUCGCGCUCGACGCGGUCCUCUGCGGGCUGAUCAUCUGGAAAGUCCCAUACACGGAAAUCGACUGGGUGGCAUACAUGGAACAGGUGGCUCAGUUCGUCUCAGGCGAGCGCGACUACACUAAGAUCAAGGGCGGCACCGGCCCCCUCGUCUACCCGGCUGCCCACGUCUACACGUACACGGGACUCUACUACCUCACCGACGAGGGAAAGGACAUCUUCUUGGCGCAGCAGCUGUUUGCCAUUCUUUACUUGGCUACUCUUGCGGUUGUCAUGGCUUGCUACUGGAAAGCAAAGGUCCCGCCAUACAUCUUCCCCCUCCUUAUCCUCUCCAAGCGCCUCCAUAGCGUCUUCGUCCUCCGAUGCUUCAACGACUGUUUCGCGACCCUCUUCCUCUGGCUUGCCAUCUACUUCUUCCAGAAACGCCUCUGGACGCCCGGCGCGAUCCUCUACAGCUGGGGCCUCGGCAUCAAAAUGUCGCUCCUCCUCGUCCUGCCCGCCGUGGGCGUCAUACUCUUCCUCGGUCGCGGGUUCGGAGGCAGUCUGCGCGCGGCAUGGAUCAUGGCACAGCUACAAAUCGUCAUCGCUGUUCCGUUCGUGGCCGACAACGCCAAGGGCUAUCUCGGCCGCGCCUUCGAGCUGUCGCGACAGUUCUUCUUCAAGUGGACGGUCAACUGGCGCUUCGUGGGGGAGGAGACGUUCCUAAGCAAGCCAUUCUCGAUUGCGCUUCUAGGUCUACAUGUCGCGGGACUGGUCGUCUUCAUCACCACCCGCUGGCUCAACCCCGCCCAGCGCCCGCUCUCGUCGCUCGUGGCACCCAUGCUGCAGGGCAAGUCGCCGUUUGCAGGGUUGGAGGAGAGGCAGGUGGCCAGCCGGGUGACGCCGCGCUACGUUCUCACGACGAUCCUUUCGGCCAACGUGUUGGGUCUGCUCUUCGCCAGGUCUCUGCAUUACCAGUUCUACGCCUAUCUAGCCUGGUCGACGCCGUACCUCCUCUGGCGCAGCGGCCUUCCCGUCGUCCUGGUGUACGCGCUGUGGGCGGUGCAAGAGUGGGCGUGGAAUGUGUACCCCAGCACGAACGCGAGCUCGCAGGUCGUUAUCGGCGUUAUGGCAGUCACCGCUGUCGCGGCGUGGUUCGCGGCGGCGGGCGAGGGCAAGCCGGAGGAGAAGGUGGAGGAAAAGGAGCAGUGA